AUGAUGGCCUCUAUUUCGCCUUCUCAUACCAUUCUUUUGCCCCAUCUUCCACCGAAGACACUCGUUGGCAUCGACCUCAUUACUUUCACCUCCACACCGAAUUUCCAUGGUAUUCGAGAUCUACCUGCCGGAUGGCAUUUUCUGUACACAGGGACAACCGAGAGUUUGUCUCUGAGAUGUGGUGCAUGGUUCUUCGUCGGCGACAUCAAUGCUGCUGGCAGGCUCGGCGAUGAAAAAGCUAUGGUCAGCACGACGCGCGGAAAUACCGGAUCCGAGAUCAUCGUUUGGAAAUGGGAUUCUAAUACGGAGACACUUAUACCAUUUUUUGGUAAUAGCGACUCGGAUAUACAGGAUGCAAUGCGAUAUAAAGCAAACUUGUCCGCUAUUUGGCAACGAGGUGGAUUGUUCCAAUACCGCAGUCGCGUACCCCCAUCUUCGCUAUCAAAGCGUACGCCAGAGAACCCGGUACCGGUACAAGACGAGGACGAUGAAGAAAACGAAGAAAAUAGCAGAAAAGACUGGCAGGAUCUGACGGACAGACUUACCCCUGCGCUUCUAACGCGAAUCAUCGGGGACCCCGAUUUGGAUGUCGAUGACCGGCUUCGAUGGAUGGUCACCUCUGCUAGUACAGCAAAGAGAGAUGACGAUGAUAUUCCAGGCAUUAAUGACUCCACAGAAGCGACCGAUGGUCUCGGAAGGGCUAUUGCAGAACAAGAUUCCGAGUUCUCCUUUCUUCCUAUUAACCUUAAAAUAACAUGGAGGGAAGGGGCUAUUGGACGCGAAAGGACCGAAGCCGCUCAAGAUCGAUCAUGGGCACUAGGGGAAUUGGUACAUCAGGCUAGUACAAGCCAGGAUAGUUUGAGGGAGGCUACUGAGCGCAUUGGAGAGACACAGGUGCUGGGGGAGCUGCAAUUUACGUUCCUCAUGAUCCUAACCCUGAUGAACUAUUCCUGUCUGCAACAAUGGAAAAGGUUGCUGGAAUUAAUCUUAACGUGUCGGAUUGCAAUCAAGGAGCGAGAAUUAUUUAUGAGAGAUGUCCUCAGGUUGCUUUUGCUGCAGCUUCAGCGAUGCGAUGAUGUGGAGGGCGGGCUGUUCGACCUCGAUGGAGAAGAAGGGGGAGAUUUCCUACGGAAACUAUUGGUUAGGUUCAGGAAAUCAUUAUUUGAGGUGGUCGGCGAAAACCAUUCACAAGUGAAGGACGAAUUCGAGAAGCUCGAGAAAUGGGUUAAAGACGAAUAUGACUGGGAGCUCAACCGCGGGGUGAUUGUCCAGCGUGGCAUGCUUCAGUUGGAGGAUGGAGAGCAGGUCGAGAUGGACACGAACGAGGGCGACGAGGACGACGAAAUGGGAGAGUAUGCGCCAGUUGUGGUAGAACUGGGUGAAGAGGGAGAGGAGAUAGGUAAAUAUUAA